ACUGUGCAGCGGGUUCACCGCCAUGAAACCAUCCAGGACUUCGACCAUCGGCAAACCAAAGGAAUGGGCAGGCUGAAUAGGAACAAGAACAUCACACCCUUGAGUGCUGUGGCUUUCAUCGCACAGAUUGCUGAGUGACUGAGUAGUGUGGCAUUUCUCCUCAGACAAUAAAUCUUAGCCUGAAUGAGUCGGGGUACUAAAUAUGAACAGUGGAGUUUUGUCAGUUUUAAACAUACCAUACAGUAUGUAUCAAACAUCUGCCAUGGAUUAUUGGUACUGACAAUACCAAGACUUGGACACUUACUCUGCAUCAAACAUUUAGUGGUAUAAAUGGUGUCAGUAAAUCAAAUGUAUUGAUCUGAGGUUGUACUUCAGGUACAGAAGAGACCAUAAUCAAAUCUUCAUGAGCAAACAGCUGAAGGGAUGGUGGAGACUGUGGAGCGAUGUAAAUAAAUGGGUGACAAGACAGAGGACAUACAGCCAGACAUAUUUAUAUACGGUGAGAAAUUGAUAUGGAGAGUGUGCAGCAGAAGGCAGAGAGACGCAUAGCUGAGGAGAGGGAGCGAGAGAGGGAGAGUGGGCAGGGCUCUAGGUAUGUGAGAACAACAGUACGCUGGCCAGUGGGACAGACAGGGGGAGUGAGAAGAAAGAAAGGAGGGGAGGAAGUGGAGAUUGUGUGGUUAAGUGUGUGUGUGUGUGUUUGUGUGUCUCUGUGUGUGUGUAAAAUCAGAAGGAGACAGGGUCCAAGUGCAAGACAGUGAGCCGGGGAGAGAGAUGCUCGGAGGAUGAGGAGUAACAGGGCGAGGCAGCAGCGAGAGGCUCUGUAUGUGUGUGUGUAUGUGUGUGUGUGUGUGUGAGUGAGUUCGUGUGUGUUUGAGGAAUAGUGUGUGAACAGAGGGAUGCAGUCAUGUCUCUGUGAGAGGGAGCAGCACAGCAACGGUAACCAUGCUGAGCCCCAAGAUAAAACAGGCACGCCGGGCACGGUCUAAGAGCAUGGUGCUUGGAGAGUUAUCUCGGAUCUCCAGGCCCUGCUCUCCUCUGGAUCAGGAGAAAACACUGAAGGCAGGAUGGCUAAAAAGGCAGCGGAGCAUCAUGAAAAACUGGCAGCUGCGUUGGUUUGUCCUGAGGAAUGAAGCUCUGUAUUUCUACAAGGACCAGGAUGAAACCAAGGCACAGGGUUGUAUUCCUCUUCAGUGCAGUCAGGUCAAUGAGCUCCCUGCCAAUCAGGACGAGCCUGGUCGCCACCCUUUUGAAAUUGUUCCAGGGGGGGCUGGAGAAAAGGAUCGAACAGGAGUAAGCCACGAAUCAUUCCUGCUGAUGGCCAACUCCCAGAGUGACAUGGAGGAUUGGGUCAGGGCCAUACGUAGAGUCAUAUGGGCUCCACUUGGAGGAGGUGUCUUCGGGCAGCACCUAGAGGAGACAAUGUUAUACGAGGCUCAGUGUGGAGCGCAGCGACCGGUCCCUUUGCUGGUGGAACAGUGUGCGUGUUUCAUACGUGAACAUGGGCUCAAAGAGGAGGGCCUUUUCAGGGCCCCCGGACAGACCAAUCAUGUUCGAGAGCUGCAGGAUGCCUUCGACCGUGGCGAGAAGCCAGUGUUUGACAGUACCACAGAUGUCCACACAGUGGCAUCACUGCUAAAGCUGUACAUACGGGAGCUUCCGGAGCCUAUAAUCCCAUUCCCGAAAUACACACAGUUUCUAUCUUGUGCUCAGAUUCUUACCAAGGACAAAGCAAUGGGUAUCAUAGAGCUUGGCAAACAAGUGAAAUCCCUUCCUCAGGUCAACUACAACCUCCUUACAUACAUCUGCAAGUUUCUGGAUGAGGUUCAAUCUCACUCCAAUGAGAAUAAGAUGAGUGUUCAGAAUCUGGCCACUGUGUUUGGACCCAAUAUCCUUCGGCCCAGAGUGGAGGAUCCAGUUACCAUGAUGGAGGGAAGUUCCCAGGUGCAGCACCUCAUGACUGUGCUGAUCAGUGAAUACACACAACUUUACCAAAGGGAGCAGCCGGAAACUGAGACCAAGAUUCCCCCAAAGCCUCAGCAGAGUCCGACACAACGGGGCAAAGCAGAAUGGCUCUCACAACAAAACAAUGACCCCCCAUCUUCCAAAACCCCUGAAGAGGAACGCCGAUCUUCCACCCCUUCAACAGAAAGUAAGCCAACUGCACCAAGCCCAAUUACAACAUCAGAAAAGGUUGAGGAUGGUCAGAUUGAAGAAAAGACAAAGGGUGAGACAGAAGUGAAAGGGGAUGAAAAAGCAGAUGGUAAAACUGAAGGGAAAGGUGAAAAUGAAGUAGCUAUGAGCCCCAGUAAACAGUCUAAAGCCCUGCCCACGUGGAGGUGCUCCCUCAAAGGGGGGACAGCAUCUGGGGUGCAAAGGGGGAAAAUAGGGGGGUCUGCAGGGGAUGUGUCAGCAGCUGGUGGGAGCAACUGGCUGAUGAAUGGCCUGUCGUCCCUCCGAGUUCACAGGCGCACCACCUCAUCUGGUGAAAGACUCAAAGACACCCUGAAGGAUUCAACCCUCUCACUGAAAGAGACCACUCUCCCUCUUAAGGACACACAGAGAGACUCUGAUGAAGACUGCCUUCAGACACCCCUGUCUCACAGAGGCCUCCACCAAUCCCACAGACUGUCUGCCUAUGACAAUGUUGCCCCCUCCAGUCUGAGCCUGCCUGCUGACACCUCCAUCUGGACGUCCUUUGAGAUCUCAUUGGCCGAGCCAAAGGGAAGAGAAAAAGCAGUAAUAUUAGAACAGGGUAAAGAGAGCCCUGCAGAGGUGAAGGACAGUACAAGUACUCUAAAUAACACUGUAAGCGGUACUGAGGAUGAUAUUACAGGAACAAAUGAAGGUCUCGCCAACAUGCUAACUGACCUCAAGCAGGAGCUGAAGAAACAGAGGACGAGCUACGAAACCUGCAUUCGAAAGUUGGAGGAGUCUUGUUCUAAGUACCAGUCCCAAGUCAACCGCCUCGAGGAGGAGCUGGACCAGGAGAAGAAGAAGUUUCAAAUGCUUGAGAUCCGACUCAGGAACUCGGAGAGGGCACAUCAAGACGCAGAGAACCGAAACAACCUCCUGCAGAAAGAGAUGGAGGAGUUCUUCGAAACCCUUGGAGAUCUGACCACAGGAGCAACACGGACCACCUAGCCCAGACCAACCUGCCUUCAUCUGGUCCAUAAGAGGAGGAGCUAGAUUACUUGGAAGACCAGUAAGCCCCAAAGCUUUGAAGACCAAAUACCUCUAGUGCAGUACUACUUGCCAUCGUGUCCUGUUUAGUACAGCCGUCUUGUGCCUACACUGAUCAGUGCCGGUGCCAAACGAGAACUCCUCUGGACAAAGCAAGCAUUUUAUCAUUCCGCAGAAUUCCUUAUUAUACACUGUAGGUCAUGUAGCUUCAUAUGUAUUAUCGAAGUUUGUAAAACAGCAACAAAAAAAGGCUUUUCUGAUGAUAUGAGGUAGUCUUCCCAUGCACAACCUCCUCAUUUCCCAUUAGAACUCAUGAGAGAAACAUUUACUUGACAUUAAAAUAAAGAACAAUGAGACGUUAAAAAUUCAACUCUUUUAUUUGUUGGAGUUGAAGGUAGACAGUUUCCAUUUCUGAUGUAUAUAAUUGGUCUGUUAGUGAGGCAAUUUCAGAUCAAAAGGCUUAACUUUACAUAACUGGCCUGAUCUAAACACACUACAACAGGUUAGCUCUUUGCUAUCAGUAUUUGGCCAACCCAUCAGAAGACUGCAACAUCAUCCCAGUGGUGCCGAAUUCCCAUCUUUCCUCUAAAUGUACCUGCACUAAAGCCAGAUUUGCUCAGAGAAAACUCAUGCGUAUUCUAUUCUAUCUUUUUCUAUUUUUGAGGAAAUGGAGAAGAGGAAAAUGACAAAAACAGGAAGUCACAACAGUCAGUUGAGAUGUGGCCUAGAAAGGGGUAAGGACAUGCGUCACAAUCCCCAAAGUGCAUUCUGGGAGCUGAUGCUAUGGGUCACUGCCUGGAGUGCCCAACUAUGAAAAGAGCAAAGGGACAGGUUGGGAAUUUGAGCCAUCAUAUACAUCCAAAGGUUACCAUGGCAAGUAGCAGUUUCCUGAGCCUCAGAAAACAUACAUACAUUUCCAGUAAAAUGUACAGAUCAAUCACUGACUAUAUUAAUCUAUGAAGUAUAUUGCACAGAAAAACAAACAAAAAAUGAAACAAAAUGCAUAUAAAUAGUAGUUCUGAAUUAAAUGUACAUUACAUACAAUAGACGCCUCCUAGCUUGAAAUAAAUAAAUAAAUAACGCAAAUAAAGAAAAAA